AUGCAGUUCUUCACCGUCGCCACCACCGUCCUCCUCGCCGGCCUGGCCGCCGCCCGCCCCAACACCCAGGAGCGCCGCGCCGGCGGGCCCGCCGUGGCCGACCUGACCUUCUGGGCCGCCGCCGAGAACACCUACGUCCAGGCCAUCCCCAUCGACGGCCAGGACCACGCCAUCAACAACGGCCUCAGCUUCACCCGCAUCAGCAGCGACGCCCCCUCCAGCGUCACCUGCGUUGCCUCCGGCAUCGACGGCAGCAAGACCUGGCUCGUCGGCCCUGCCAAGGACGUCCCCAUUGGCCCUCCCCAGGUUCAGACUUCGGCCCGCUGCUUCUACCACUAA